CGGGGGUGGAGGAUCCCGAUGUGUUUCCAAAUGCUCGAGCCUGUGGGAGGUCCAGCGGAGGGUAUCCGCAAGGGUGCCUAAAUGAGAUCUCGCCCCCAUGGGUGCUGCCAAGCACACAGCUGUGGCCAGUUCCAGCACCCUUGGAGAGUCCAGAUGGGCACCCAAAUGCUCAUGAGUGUCAGUCGCCAUUUUGUGCACCAGUGUCAGAUGUGCGAUCUUGCUGGCAUGGCAUGCCCCCCUCUAGCGCUCAUCCUCACUCCUCGUUAAGUAGCUUCCUCAGCGCAGGUGGUGCGACACCUCAUGGUCUGCUCGAAUUUGCAGCUCAACAACAUCGACCAAGAUUUGAAGGGUGUGCACACGCUGUCAUCUCGCGAGGCGCUGACGCGCGCCGAAUGCGCUAUGAAGGUGGGGUACUAUGCUUGCGGUUGUUUCCUGCUGGAGUUCUGCUGCAAGAAGAUUUGUUUCUGCCUCACCGUCAAGCAGUGCGUCGAGAACGCGUCAGAGCUGUUCCACCAGGCCUGGUUGCUCAACUACGCCAUACAGGUCGGCCACCUGACCAAGAGCACUCUGCACGACAGGGUGGCCACUUGGCGCUUGAGCGAGGCCAUCAACCACACAUGCGGUGAGGUGGAGACGAAGCCGAUAGAGCACGUCUUCAAAGACAUCAUGGGCAACAAUAAAGGCGUGAUGCAGGAGACCGCGGGUAUCGUCAAGAAAGCCGUGGAAGCGCGCGGCGUGUCGGCGGGCACCUGCCAAUGCUGCGAGUGCUGCGUGUCGACCAGGGAGAGGGAGGCCGUCAAGGAGGCCUUGGAGGGCGUCGAAAGCGAGACGCGCGAAGGACUCAGCUCGCUAAUCACCCUCACCUCGCAGAAGAUCGGAAAGGAGGAGGCGUAUUUGCGGAAGGUGGAGGAGACGUACAUGAGGCAUUACAAGCAGCUGCAGGACGAGGACGCGCGGCCGCCCAGGUGUUGCUUCUGAGGCCGAGACACUGGGCGUCCUCGCGCAGCGGGCAGCUCUGCUGGCGUGGGGCAGCGAGAGAGGCGUUGCUGGUUGCGUGCCCCUUCGACGAGAUAGGCUCUACCGGGCUGCCCGUCAAGCAAGGCUGAGCCGGUGCCUCGCCGCGUGCCUGUCGUCGGACGGCCCUGGGAGCAGCAGUGAGUCCGGCAGGGGCGGCGGCGGGAGCAGAGGCCAGGAGGACAGGGGGGGGGGUCCCCCGCACACCGCGGCCCAAGAACCCCCGCGCCGGCCGCGCUUGCGCCCAAAGACUCGCGGGGGCGGCGGCGGGGCGCGAGCGACCGGGGAGGAAAGGGCAC